UAUCCUCCGCGCCGGAAGUGACGUAGAGAGGCGCAGCCGGGCUUCCGGACCACGGCGUUGGUUGCAUCAGCCGGUGAGAGAGCUAGGAAGGCAGAUCGGCGCCUGCCAGGAGGAAGGAGCGGGAUGGCCGCGGCCGCUUCUGACUACAGUUGCAUUCUGAGCAUUAGCGAAGAGGAAGCCAGACUGAAGGCUCUGAAUGAGUACCUCAGCACUCGUAGUUAUAUCCAGGGGUUCACAUUUUCACAUGCAGAUGUGGAAGCUUUCAGACAGCUUACAGGCCCGCCUAUAGACCAGCAUUUCCAUGUGGUUCGUUGGUACAGGCACAUAGAAGCAAUCUAUGAUGGCAGCAAUGAGAAACGUGACUCCUGUAAACUCCAAACAAGUAAAAGCAAGCGUACUCUGCCUCCCUGGUCUCCACCACAAGGGACAUCGCAACCUAAACUCUGCCUGUACAAUAGUCUCACUCGCAAUAAGGACAAGUUUCAACCUCAAAAUGGCAACAAGGUAACAUGGUAUUGCUGUGGUCCAACAGUGUAUGAUUCCUCCCACAUGGGACAUGCAAGAUCAUACAUCUCAUUUGAUAUCCUGAGAAGAGUUUUGAAAGACUAUUUCAAAUAUGAUGUCUUCUACUGUAUGAAUAUUACAGAUAUAGAUGACAAGAUCAUAAAAAGAGCAAGGCAAAACCAUCUCUUUGAACAAUAUAGAGAAAAGAAGCUGUCACCUACUCAGCUGCUUGAAGAUGUUCAGGCUGCCUCUCAGCCCUUUUCAGCUAAACUACAAGAAAUCUCUGACCCUGAUAAGAAACAAAUGCUGGAAAGGAUUCAGGCUGCAGUGAAAGCUGCUGUGGAACCUCUAGAAAAUGCACUGCACAAGACACUCUCUGAAGGAGAAGUCAGUAAACAUGCUGAGACAUUGUUGCAAGAAGCAAAAGAUAUACUCUCUGAGUGGCUGGAUGCUAAACUUGGCAGUCAGGUGACUGACAACUCUAUAUUUUCCAAGCUUCCCAAAUUCUGGGAAGAGGAAUAUCAUAAAGAUAUGGCAGCUCUCAAUGUAUUACCUCCAGAUGUUUUAACACGUGUUAGUGAAUAUAUACCUGAAAUUGUAGACUUCGUUCAAAAGAUUGUAGAUAAUGGAUAUGGUUAUGUGUCCAAUGGAUCUGUCUAUUUUGAUACAAUUAAAUUUGAUGCCUCAGAAAAACACUCCUAUGCUAAAUUGGUUCCUGAAGCUGUGGGAGAUCAAAAAGCACUUCAAGAGGGUGAAGGUGACUUGAGUGUGUCAGCAGACCGUUUAAGUGAGAAGCAUUCUCCAAAUGACUUUGCCUUAUGGAAAUCCUCCAAACCUGGAGAGCCUUCAUGGGAUUCUCCUUGGGGAAAAGGCCGUCCAGGGUGGCAUAUUGAAUGUUCUGCAAUGGCUGGAUCCAUUCUAGGAGAGUCAAUGGACAUUCAUGGAGGAGGUUUUGAUCUUCGAUUCCCCCACCAUGACAACGAAUUGGCACAGUCUGAGGCAUACUUCGACAAUGACCACUGGGUUCGCUAUUUCUUGCACACUGGGCACCUGACAAUUGCUGGUUGUAAAAUGUCCAAAUCUUUGAAAAACUUUAUUACGAUAAAAGAUGCACUUAAAAGGCAUACAGCUCGGCAGUUGAGGCUGGCUUUUCUAAUGCAUUCUUGGAAGGACACACUAGAUUAUUCCAGCAAUACCAUGGAGUCUGCCAUUCAGUAUGAAAAAUUUAUGAAUGAGUUCUUUUUAAAUGUGAAGGACAUCUUUCGGUCUCCUGCUGAUGUGACAGGCCAGUUUGAAAAAUGGGAAAACCAGGAAAUUGAGCUGAAUAAAAGCUUUUAUGACAAGAAAGUAGCAGUUCAUGAAGCAUUAUGUGACAACAUUGAUACACGCACAGUCUUGGAGGAAAUGCGGUCACUUGUCAGCCACUGUAAUUCCUACAUUGCUGCAAAGAAAACUGCCAGGCAGAUGCCAAAUAGAAUGCUGCUAGAAAAUAUAAGUGUUUAUCUUACACAGAUGUUCAAGAUCUUUGGUGUUAUAGAAGGCGACGAAGCUAUUGGUUUCCCAGUUGGAGGAAAUGGUCAAAAUUUAAAUAUUGAAGAAGAGAAAAGGAGGAAGAAGGAAGAAGCAGCAAGAAAGAAACAAGAACAGGAGAUAGCAAAACUGGCAAAAAUGAAAAUCUCGCCAAGAGAACUGUUUAAAUCAGAACAUGACAAAUAUUCCAAAUUUGAUGAGAAUGGAUUUCCAACCCAUGAUACAGAAGGCAAAGAACUCAGCAAAGGUCAAACGAAGAAAUUAAAGAAACUGUAUGAAGCUCAAGAAAAACUGUACAAAGAGUAUCUUCAAAUGGUUCAGAAUGGUGUUGCAAAUUAAGAAGAAAAUUUGGACAAUACACUUUUUAAAUAAAUGGCACAUCUGGA